GGCCCCUGGACUUCCUCAGCCCGACUCCUGGGGGCCGGUUCGGGGGCGGGACUGGAAGCCGCGGCUUCCGCCUUCCUGCUUCCGGCCUGGAGCAUUUAAACCUUGUCUCAGAAGUGUAUGUUAAAGAAGACAACCACCCAAGGAUCAUCCGAAAUUGUGGCUUGCUAAUAAUCCCAGGACAAAGUUAGAGAUAACUACUCAGGCGUAAGUGCCCCCAUUUAUAAGACUGCUAAAAAGAUGUUUGACAUCAAGGCAUGGGCUGAGUACGUUGUGGAAUGGGCUGCAAAGGACCCAUAUGGCUUCCUUACAACAGUUAUUUUGGCCCUUACUCCAUUGUUUUUAGCAAGUGCUGUAUUGUCCUGGAAAUUGGCCAAGAUGAUUGAGACCAGGGAAAAGGAGCAGAAGAAGAAACAAAAACGUCAAGAAAAUAUUGCAAAAGCUAAGCGACUAAAAAAGGAUUGAAGGAAUGAACAAGCUUUGCAAACAGGAACAUCGUUUGGAAAAUUAUGCAGUUUUAGAAGGACCCACUAACAUUUCUCCUUUGGAUUUUAUGACAGUAUUAUUUAGUAAUGAGUUCUGAACAUAUGGAAGAAUCAUGUUAGUUCUGACUUCACUCUAACAACUUUUAGGCUUUGGUGUAAAAGUCUGUUGACAGUUACUGUAAAUUGGCAUUUAUUGUGCUACAAAUUCCUUGUAACUGGCUUAAUCAUUUGCCAUCAUACAGCUCAUGUACUGAAAUGAAAAUAUCCUGUGGAGUAAAGUGACUUUAAAUUCUGGUCUCAAAUAAUGACUUAAAAUGGGGUCCUGUUCUAGACAUAGGGUAGUAAGAAUGUAAAAUUCACAAUUUUAGUCAGAGCUUAAAAGUGUUCUUUAGCUUAAAAGAGAUACAGUAUAUUAUAUCUUUAUCAUUGCUUAUUUCAUAGCAUAAAAUCAUUUGUAGCUUACCCAAUGCAAAUAAUAUUAAUCCUUGAGUCUUCUAUUUUCUGCAUUUCUCUGAGAGGCUAGUAAUGAUCAGGCAUUAAGCAUUUUUUAAAGAUCUAAUUUUAUAAAGAAUUCUUUUAUUAUCUGGACUAUAGACCAUCACUUACUGGAUAUAAUAAUUUUUGUACUUAUCAGCACUGCCAUUUUCUUCGAGAUGACUUGUUGAGUAGAGUGACACUAUAAUUUAAAAAUGCCAAACCUUGUAGUACCUUCUUGGAACCAGUUUAUUCUUACCGUGCUAGAAAUAGUUAAAAUAUUUUAUCAGAUAAUUUGCUGAUUGUAUAUAUCUGGUUUUGUUUUUUAUUCUUUAACUCCUGUGGUAGUGAUGCCCUGUACUUUUUGAUCAAACAAGUUCAGGGUAGAAAAUUUCAAGUUCUUUCAAGGAAUGUUUAAAGAGUAACAGUUAAGUCUUAAUAAGUGGUAAAGAAAGGUUUAAGAUUUGGUAAGAUUUUGUUGAUAGUAGUGGUUAUUGGGUGAAAAUAGUAAAUUAAAAUGAGAAUGUUAUGAUUAGAAAUAAAGGAUAUUUCCUUCAACUAAGUAUAACUGGAAAUCUUUAUUAUUAAACAAGGAUUUUUUAAAUGCAUGGUUCAGUAAUCAUCAUUGUUCUUAUUUAAUAGCUUACUAAUGUCUUCACUUCUGACAAUGAAUUUUAAAUUACAAAAAA